CAGUAGGUCAAUAUGGUUCGACGACUUGGAAACCUGCCAGGGACUGCAUGUCAUUAAUACAAGGAUAUCUACGUCUUCUUAUGUACAAGGGGGCAUACUAUUAAUUGUAAUAAUCCAUUAAUUAAGUGCUAUUUUUGACUGUUUUCUGAAAUGAAGUACGAUAUCUGAUUUCCCACCGCGACUUGUUAAAUUAUUUUGUUUAAUCAAUGCUUGGCGAUUCGGAAUACUUCGGACACAAGCGGUUUGAAAUUGCGCAGUUAAAUCGACGGAGACGAACAGCUAUGAACUUGAUCAUUGUAAUGAUACUGAGGUUUACAUCCAUGUAAUAAAGACUGCGGCGAGAUAAGAGCCAUGGCAUUUGUGGGCGGGGGCGCUGCGGUCCGGCGGCAGCCGCUCUUCAGUGCCAUGAAACAGCCGUCUUUAAUCAAGCAACUGCGAGGUAUUCUUGCCGAGUACCCGGAUGGAGGACAGAUACUAAAGGAGUUGAUACAGAACGCAGAGGACGCCGGGGCGCGUGAGGUGAAGAUUCUCUUUGACGCGGGCAGCACCAGCAGAGAUGCGGUGGACCAGGAGCCGGAGUUUACCAAAUUCUUCCAGACGCCUGCACUUUGCGUGUAUAAUGAUGCCGUGUUCACGGAUCAGGACUGGGAGGGCAUCAAGAUGAUCUACAGUAGCAUUAAAGAGGAGGACAAAUCUAAAGUCGGUAGAUUCGGGCUCGGGUUCAAGUCUGUGUUUCACAUUACAGACUACCCUUGCAUAAUCAGCGGAGACCAAAUGUUGUUGAUUGAUCCACAAAAACCGCCUGAAAGAGUGAAUGCCCGCUUUGAAAUUCCUGGGUUGCACGACCCGUGGGAGGGACUCGACAUGAACGAUUUCUAUAAAGGCCUUGGAGGACAUUUUGGCAUAGAUCACAGUAUGAUCAACGACGGACGUUACAGCGGAACGCUGUUCUGGUUUCCUUUAAGGAAAAGACCAUCCCCUUUGUCAGAGAAUUUAUACGACGAACGGAAGAUUCUUGAUCUUUUUGAUGGCUUGAAGUCAGAGGCACCCAGCAUUCUCAUUUUCUUACGAAGCUUAGAAUCGCUGUCUAUAUACACCGCAACAGAAAAUGAUCAUAGUACGAAGGUAUUGAAAUCGCAGAAGAAAAAACAUCUUAGUCUUCAUGUUAGCAUCAAAAAUGCUAAGGACCAUGUUCGACAAUCCAGAGAAAAGUUUUAUGCAAAAAUGGAGACAAACAGAAGUGAUGUUGCAAGUAUGACUGAUUACUGUAUAGAAAUUACAGAUAAAGCACGGGUUACAGAUCACCAUUGGGUUGUGUUAAAUUACUUUGCUGGCAAUUUUGCCUCUGAGCGGUUUCAGACACUGAUCGAUGACAAGGACUUAAGCAUGAGCCCUUGUGUUUCCAUUGCAGUUUCUUUGGACAGGAUAAAUCAACCAUUUGAGGGCCACAUUUACUGUUUCAUGCCUCUGCCGAAAGAAGGCUCAAAGCUUACCGGUUUAUCAUUUCAUGUGAAUGGAUUCUUUGCGUUAAGCCAAAAUAGACACCACAUGAAAUGGGUUACUGAUGAACAGAAGAUGCAGAAAGUAUUUGACAAAAAUGUAUUAUGGAAUCAAUACAUGGUGAACGAAGCAUUGCCAAAAGCCUUUCAGGUCAUAUAUCUCUCUCUCGUACGUCGCGCAAAACAAAAUGGAAACUCUAUUACUGACGUUAUGAAUGUCUAUAGACUUUUACCAAAUGUUAACAAUGUCUUAGACAAGUGGAGAAAAUUCAUAUACAAUGCUUUAAGCUUAGUGAAGCCCGAAAAGAUCCUGUUCUGUAGAGAUUUGAACGAUUGGAUUUCGUUGCAGAAAAGUGUAUUUGCCUCAUUUGACAAUUUACCAAGACAUCUUGAACAUGUGCGUUCUUCUGUAAAGGAGUGUUUGAAAUGUAUGGGCCAUUAUCUUGUUGAAGUGCCACAUGAAAUUGUUUCAACAUUCAAACUCAUAUUUCCUAGACAAGUAACAGACGUAACGCCUAUGCUGCUGGCUGGAUACAUGAGACAGAAUAUAAAGUACAUCGAAUUGGAUGACAAGACGAAAUUCAAUAUUCUCGACUACCUUGUUUCCGAUGGUGAUAGCACAAAGCUUGAAAGUUUGCACCUGAUAUUACUUGCGUCGCGAGAAUGGGCUGCGUUUAGCCAACAGGGAAAGCCUAUCUACAUUUGCAAUGAGAAUAUCGUAUCUCUGUUUCCAUGGAUGGCAAACAGGUUUCUUGCCCCAGAUGCACACUCCACUUCAACGGAGACCUUCUGCGUAUCAGGAUUGUUUCAACUCAGGGAAUUCACGGAUUCUGAGAUGAAAACAUUUCUUCAAAAAACGAUGUCAAAAAACCUUGAUAUUACAAGCACAGUAAGCAAAACGUCUCCAAUAAAUAUCCAGUGGCUAGAAAAGGUUUGGAGGGUCAUUGGGGGAAACAUUGACAAAUUUGCUAGCUUGCCCCUAGUGCCAUAUCUGCAAAGUGGACGCUUUCUCAGCAGGUACACAGUAAAGUUGAUUCCUUUAAGCACCCCAUUCUUGGUUGUCGCUGCAUGCCGUGGCGCUACGGUUCCUAACGAGCUUGUUCGUCCUUUGAAUCUUCUAGGUAUGACAGUAUUACCGGAUGUACCACCGUUUGUGCAUCAAUAUGCGGCACAUAUUUUAAAAUGGCCAUACACAGAAAAGCUGGUCCAGAUAUUGAAUGGUAUUGCGGCUUCUAGUAAUCAAUGGUCUUUCAUAGACAAGUUCAAUAAAUCCUCAAGUAAUGAAGAUAAAGUAGCAUUAUUUAAAUUUCUUACACGAAGUUCGACAUUAAACGAACAUGGAAAAUCUUUCAUAACAUCCUUGAACAUUUUUCCUGUUGUGCACGAUGGAAUUAUGAACACAUCAUUCGGUGACUUGAGGGCAGUCAACAGUUUUGUAGAACAAUCGGUUCUAGACAAUGUACCAAGGAAUGUGCCGUUACCAUAUCCGUGUGUCCUCGGGGAAGACCAGCAAGGAAGAUUUCUCCAAACAUUAGGGUUGAAAGAACUCACUCUAGAGAUUUUCUUUGAAGAAAAGUUAACGAUAAUGUCUGCAAAAGGAUUUACAGAAGAAACAAAAUUAACUAUGAUUUCUUUCCUUUCCAACAUCCAGCUCUUCAAGAGAAAUUACCGCCUUUUAGGGCUAGCAGCAUUUAUACCAUUUCUUUUAAAGGGAAAGGUACGCGUUAAAGCUUCGGAUUUAUUUGAUUCAUUAGAUAGGAAUGUCGAGCGAUUGUUUGUUGGACAAGACAAUUUAUAUGAAAACAAAAAUGAGUUAAAUAAGUCUCACGAUGAGCUAAAGAUGAUUGGUUUAAAAGGUUAUAAUGAUAUAAGUGUAGAUGAAAUUUAUACUGUUGCCAAAACACUUGACAGCUGGAGCAGAAACAACAACCACCUAGAUGACAUUGUCGAAAAAGCGAAAGCGUUUCAAGAAUACAUUGAGAAACAUCCUGAAAUUCUUCAAAAGGGAUUACGAUCAGGAAAGAAAACGUUCGGUGAGGCUAUCCUGAAUCUACAGUGUUUCACAAAUUUCAAAGAAAUGUUUGAUGGUGCAGAUGAGUUGUGUAAGCAGUCAUUUUCUUUGAGCAUGCCAUCGAAUUUGAAACUUACACAUCACUGGAAACUGGUUUGUCUCGUUCGACCUGUGGUAGAAACACACUGCCGUUGUUUGGCUAUGUUCUACCAAUGGCAUGAACAGCCGUCUGUUGAUGACGUCUUAGAAAACCUGAACAGAGUUAAAACGGUGAUGACAAGAGGACAAUAUGUGCAAACACUACGUUUGAUGGUUGCUGAAGCAUUCCAAUAUUUACACAAAAAACUGAAAGAAUCAAUCGAUAGAAGGCAAACGUUUGUGCAGAAUGCACUGGUGUGGACAGAGGAGGGAUUUUGUGUACCGGACAAGGCUAUACUUUUACGUGAAGAUGUUUCGAGUAUCAAUUUCUCACCAUACUUUAAAUUCAUACCCCGUGAAUUUAAAUAUAUGAGGGACCUGUUUGUAGGUAUUGGCUGUAACUUAACGGAGGACAAACAUGUACUUGCACACUUCCUCCAUGACAUUAGGAAGACCUAUUUAAAACGUGUAUUGGCGACAAAUACCGAAUUCGAUAGGGCACGUGUUGUAUCGGCUUUAGAUCGUUUGGCUAGUAAAGACAUUGACAAAGACUGGCUAAAGGAAAAUGUAAUCGUCUUGAUCGACUCCCCAGAAAAUCAAAUAAAGUUUGCAUCAAUCACUGAUUGUGUUUAUGAUGACGAACCAGAAAUGUUUGAUGAAACUUGCACCGAAGAGGCGAAACUUAAACAAGUUCAUCCGUCAUUAAGCAAACAGACUGUCGUGAAAUUAGGUGUAAAAUCAGUGGCACAUAGAACCUUGUUAGAUGCCGAAGAUAUUGGUUUCGAAGAAUGGGGGCAGCGUGAAAAACUUACUGAUAGAUUGAACAAGCUUUUGACAAAUGGUUAUACUGAUGGACUAUCAGUUCCAAAAGAAUUGAUACAAAAUGCUGAUGAUGCACAUGCCACUGAAGUAUCUUUUCUAUAUGACGAACGAAGAAAUGAUGAUGCAAAAAAAAGGUUGUUUAGUAAACAACUUGAUGAAUGUCAAGGGCCAGCUUUGUGGGUUCACAACAAUGCAGUUUUUAGUGCGAAUGAUCUUAGAAAUAUAACUAAAUUAAACGGUGAAACAAAGACGUCAAAAACAACGAUUGGAAAAUUCGGAUUAGGAUUCUGUUCCGUGUACAAUUUAACAGAUGUGCCUAGUUUCAUCUCGGGUAAAAAUCUAGUGAUGUUUGAUCCAAAUGAGACAUACAUCCAGGAAGUACGUGCAAGACCAAGCACGGGCAUUAAGGUUCCACUUUCUAAACGUCUGAUAAUAAGACGCCAUGAAGACCAGUUUAAGCCUUUCGAAGGCGUAUUUGGAUGCAAAGUUCUCGACGAAUCGUUUCAAAGUUAUGAUAACACAUUAUUCAGAUUGCCUUUGCGGACUUCUCAUCAAGCUGGUGUUAGCAAAAUUUCUCGGAAAGUGUACAGCAGAGAGGAAGUGAAAGAGCUAUUAACAAUGAUUAUGAAAACGGCAGGAAAUCACCUGUUAUUUUGUCAAAAUGUGAAAAAAGUAAAUAUUUAUCAUUUGGUGGACGGUAAGAGUCCAUCAGAAUCAAGAUUAUGUUUUACUGUUCAAAAAUCGCUUCUUACAUGUCAGCAUAUUGGCACAAACAUAGUAGAACAGGCCGAAAAUCUCUUUGCAAGGAAAGUGAACCUCAGUAGUAAUCAAACGAUUCGUAUUCGACAGCAAUGUUUGACCAUAGACUUAUGGACGAAAUCAAAGCAAAGGCAGUAUGAAAAUGAAACAGACUGGAUUGUUACUUGGUACAUGAGCAGUGACAUAAAGUACCAGAGUGGUCACUUAAAGUCUAUGUUGCCGUUGACAGCUAUUGCGUCACCAGUUGAUAUCGGUAGAAAGAAUGCAAUGUUUUUGAAAGAUCUUCCAUUUGGUUUUUACAAGGAAGGGCAUUUGUUUUGUUUCCUGCCACUGCCUGUAACAUCUGGAUUGCAAGUUCAUAUCAACGGGUUCUUUAGCGUAACGUCAGAUCGUAGGGGUCUAUCCUUGGCAAAUGAAGAUGAUAAAUCAAAUAAAUUGGAUAUUCAUUGGAACAAAGCAUUGUUAACAACAUCUGCUGUAAAAGCGUUUACAUGCCAUUUGCUAUCCAUCAUAACUACCUGCGAUAUUGUGGACAUUUAUUCCUUAUUUCCAGAGGAAUGCAAGGAAAUUGUAACAUCAUUUGUUUCAAGCUUUUAUCAGAAUAUUGUUCAAUGCAACAGUAAGCUGUUUAAGGGAGAAAGUCAAUAUUAUUCCUUCAACGAAAUUCAAAUGUUGGAUGAAAGUGUUUGCCAUGAAAAGGCGCUGUUAGAAGUAAUCUACAAUAUGUUAAAUGGCAUUCAGAGGAAUGACAUGAAGGUCGUGGUUAAAAUACCAAACUUUGUUCUUCGAAAACUUUUGAAGUAUAACGCAACCGAGCUUGAAAAGGUAAAUCAAUCUGUAAUUUCGAUGACACACGUAAUGAAGAUAUUUCUUCAAACAAUUACCUCAACAUAUUGGAUGGGCAAAGACGAUCAAAGAAAUUUGCUUCUUCAGCAUACAGUAAUACAUGGUAAUAACGAAAUAAGACAGAUGUUGAAGGAAAUUCCUUGUUUUCCAACUGAACCGUGGGGACUUUUAAGAAAAAUUACAGAACUUGUCAGCCCUUCCUCAACUAUUGCCAAGUUGUUUCGGGUAUCGGAUGAACGGUUCAUUUCAAAUAACAGUGGCUUACGACAAGAGUAUUUUGUAUCGAAGCUAGUUGACCUUGGUAUGCAAGAAAAAUUCUUAUCACCCUUGUUGCUUUUGGAUAGAUGUCUUAGCAUAUCCAAGUAUAUUGAGGAAUGUACGGAAUGCUGUAAAAUGCAAAUCCAGCGUGUUCUACGAUACUUAUUGUCCCUACAUGAUAUCAAAGAACUUGAGAAAAGUCAUGAGAUUGAAAAGAUAAGACAAACACCUUUUCUGCCGGUUUUGUCGAAACCAAAAGACUGGGUUUUUUCAUGGAAUGCUGACGCGUCAAACAAAUUAAUAAUUGGUAAAGAUAUAACAUGUCAGAACCAUACUUAUACGUCAAAUCCCCCAAUUGUUAUUGGAAACCCAAUGGAUUUAUUUUCAUUUGAUAGAAGCUACAUUGGGUCAGUUCAGUUUAUAUACAAUGAAAGCUUUUCUAGUCAAGUACGGCUCCCGCCUGCUAUGAAAAUGUUGCUAAAUAUUCGAGACAAAGUUUCAGUUGGCAUUCUUUUGGAGCAACUGGGGUGUCUAGCUGAUGAAGCAAGCACCUUAAACCAGUACUUCAACAAAAUGACCCAACACAUUUGUGAUUCGGUGUAUGAAUCCCUGGAUGCUUUGAUAAUAAACAUGGAGGAUAACUGUUUUCAAAAGCUUGCAAUGGAAAUGUGUGCUGAAAUAUUAACAAAACCUAUUAUUUUGAUAGGAAAAGAUCUUGUUUGUCCAAAGAACGUUGCCCUUAACAUGAAGACAUCCAGCCCACCCGACCUGUAUUGUCCUCAAAAUCUACCACUAUCUCAACUCCGAGUAUUUCAAAAAUUUGGAAUGAAAACUCAUUUUCGGGUAGUUGACAUUGUACAUGUUUUAAAUGAGAAAAAAAUGAAAUGGUAUGGAAAACCUUGUUUGGAAAUUCAAAAUAUUUUAAAUCUUCUCGUAAAUCUGGAAGACUGCAUGACUACUGAAGGCAAGUCUUACGAUGACUUUGAAGAGUUUCAUGACAUUAUAAUUGCUCCUGACGUUAACAAGUAUUUACACCCCACAUUUAUGCUUGCCGUAGAGGACGUUGAUAUUGUAUCUUUGGAAGGGCUUUUGUUAAUGCAUGGUGACAUUUCACAAAAUUUAGCAAAAUCAGUCGGAGUGAAGACGAAGAAAAUCCAAUUUAUGCAGCGUAUAUCGACGGUGAUACCCUUUGGCCAAUGCGAAAAGCUGACAACCCGCUUAAAUGGCCUGCUGAAAGACUAUCCAUGUGAUGAAAGUAUAAUGAAGGAACUGAUCCAGAACUCAGAUGAUGCUGGUGCUACAGAGAUUCAUUUUAUAAAGUUUUAUGGUGGAAAUGAUGAAAGAGAAUCCUUAGAACACCAUGGUCAAAACUUACCAGCACUUUGUGUAUAUAACGAUAGCUAUUUUCGUGAAGGAGACUUUAAAGGAAUAAAAAAUCUUGGUGAAGGAAGUAAAUCAAACGAUCCAACAAAGACAGGCCAAUUUGGAGUUGGUUUCAAUGCGGUUUAUCAUCUCACAGACUGUCCGUCGUUUAUAACAAAGGGGCCAGAUAUGCCUUCCGGGGGAGAAUUAGUUAUGUUUGACCCUUUACUGAGAUACAUUGGUGAAUACUCAGGAAAUGAAUAUGGAAUACGUGUUGAAAUGAAACAUCUUCUGGAACAGUAUCCAGGAACGCUAAGUAAUUAUCCACCAUUGAAAGGUCAAGUGGGAACAAUGUUUAGAUUACCGCUUCGCACUGACGGAUCACCGAUUAGUAAUCAUGUUUUGACAGAACAACAGUUAGAUAUCUUGUUUGAAAAAUUCACUCAAGCUGCUGGAAAUUGUUUGCAUUUCCUGAAGAAUAUAAAGUGCAUUAAAUUCAUGACGUGCUUCAAUAAUGACCUGAAGAAGCUCUUCAGCGUAGAAACGCAAAUGUCACAAACGGAUACGAAAAAGCGUUCAAGUUUUUUUCGAAAAGUGCAUUCUACAUGUUUACAACAUGAAAACAAAUUACAAAAUACACGAAUUGAGCAAUUUAGCACCACAUAUAAAAUGGUUAUCAAGAAUAGCAAAGGAAAUGCUAUUCCAUGGCUUAUCGUCCAAAACUUUGGAAUUAAACAAAACGAACGUGAAAUUGACCCUCACAUCACUAAAGCAUUUGACGAGGGUGAACUAGGUCUUCUUCCACUGGGAGGUGUUUCAAUGCAAUUGUGCGAAACUGACCCUAGAGCGUAUAUUACGAGCCACAUAGACCAACAUAAAACACCCAGUGAUCCUAAACAUGAAGCAUUUGCAGGAAUUGCAUACUGCUUUCUACCACUUCCUGUUAAUACAGGGAUGCCAUUUAACAUAAAUGGCCAUUUUGCACUGGAUAGAGGAAGGAGGAGCCUUUGGGAUGAAGGUUAUCGUAAGUCUUGGAAUGAAUACAUUUUAAAGAAAAUUAUAUCUGAAGCAUUAAAGUCGGCAUUGGUCUACAUGCAGAAGUAUUGGGUUGAAAAUUACAAAGAUUUAAUGACUAACACUAUUGCAAUAAGAGUAUGUCUUUCGCUGUAUUACAACAAUUGGCCACGCUAUGCAAGUGCAAAGGAUGAUGACUGGAAAUACUUUGUUAAAGCAUUCUAUGGUAAGGUAUUUUCCAGCCAGUAUACCAUUUUUGCUCUUCCAAACAGAACUGAAAUUCCAAACAAACAAAAGAAAAGGAAAGUCCAAUGUGCGAUUCAGUGGGUUGGCCCUGCACGAAAUAAUACUGAUACAACUGGAGGAAUCUUUAACAUAGUUUAUCAGUAUAUUUCACGAGCAAAUAUGUUCACAAGAGAAAACGCCAAAGAUGUUGAGCUAACCAUUGCACGAUUGGGCUGGCAGCUAAUAUCAAAAGUGCCCUCAGACAUUUUGGAAACACUUACAUUAACGGAAUGUACAGAGGCUGUUUACACUGAUCCCAAAUUCCUCUUAACCGUUAUAAAACAAGAGAACAGAUAUGAUUUGCCACUGACGGAUACAGUGUACAAAACACCACAACUGUUGCAAGUUUGCUCAGGUUUGUGUGGAUCGAAGAGACAUUUAAAGAAGAAAUUAUUGCAUUACCUCUUAGUGUGUCUAAUGACAAUUUUGUGAGAAGAUUUGAUCCAAGCACACCUUUAUUCUGUUCCGAAUUCCAUUGCUUACUUCCAGGAUCUAAACAAGCAUUUGUGCAUUCUGAUCUCGUGUCAUUGAUGUCUAUAGAGAAUACUUUAUUUGAAAAGAAUGUUAUCCGAGAGCUCACUGUAAAAUACCUGUCAGAUUUAUUACCACAAUCAUAUCCGAAUUACAGAAGCGGAACAAAUAUGAAAUGGAAAUUCGAGAAAAAAGCAUUGGUGACCCCUUUAACGGUGUUUUCGUUAUUCAAGUUUAUAGCUACUAUGUCAAUAAACAAAAAGUCGUCGGAUGACAAGCACGUCAUUGACAACGAUCUAUUUCAGUCAAAUGUAAAGCUGUUCGACGCUUGGUCUCUUUUACCAUCUGUUAGUUCAUUUGGCGAGACGGAGAUUCAUGAACUCAUUCCAAUAAAAAACAGACAUGAAUUAUUAUAUAUCAACCAUGGAAAUGAUCAAAUUUACACCAUUUUACGAAGACUAAAUAUUCCGUCCCUUGAUUCAGACGUAUUUGAAAAUGAUCUCGACAUAAUUUAUCGUUUGGGUAAAAUGCUUGCAUCAACACAGAACCCUGCGGAGUUAUUGAAAUGUACUGUUCAUUACAGCCGGAGAAUAGCAAUGUGUGACAUUACUAGCGACGAAGCUAUAGAUCUACUUCGUUUCUUCUCUAAAUGUAAGGGUGAGAUUCAACAAAAUUUAAAAGAAGAUACAUACCAUUAUUUUAAAUCUCUGCCGUUGUUCGAAACGGUACACGAUGUGCACUAAACAAGUGUACAAGAUAUGAACCGCGUAGUUGUGGUUCCAAUCUUAAUUCCUAAACAAGGGUUUCAAGCAUUAUCAGAAAGUACGUCUAUAUGUUUCUUGAAACAUUGGUUUGUAUUAGAAGACUUGCACCGAUUUCUGAAAUUCGAAUGUCCAACUCCUCUCGACAUUUACCUAGACAUAAUAUUAUCCCGUUUUCAUAUAAUCGAAGAAAAAGACUUGCUGGUGCAUGUAAAAUUCAUAAGGGAUGAACUACAUACAACUGCGAUUAAAAAGGGUUUAAAAGAGAAACGCAUGCGUAUUUACCAAAUACUACGAAAUAUCCCCUUUAUUCAAACAGAGAGGGGUUUGAAACGUGUGAGUGAUUUUUUUGACCAACGAAACGAGGUGUUUCGAUGUUUUGAACGAAGCGAGUGUUUUCUCCCUGAUGAAUAUUGUGCCGAAGAAUGGACUCCCUUCCUGACAGAACUUGGUCUUAAAACUGCACCAGAUGGCGAAACUGUAAUUGCAUAUGCGAAGAAAGUAGCGCGUAAUACUGCUAUGGAUGGCAUUGAUGAAGACGUAUUAAAACAGUCCGAAAUAUUGACGCGUUGCAUAUAUGGAGAAUUUUAUGACACCUUCGAGAAAAACGUUCUUUGUCAACUUAAAGACAUAAAAUUUGUGACUCCAUAUAUCGUUAGCGAGGAUAAAUUGUCGAUCGUAAAGUCAUACGGCGAAAGCGGUAUUCUUAUUCAUUUUAAUGGAGCAUGUCACUACAUGCAUGAAGAUCUUUGUUGGAGUAGUGCAUAUCUUUUGCAAAAUGUACCACAGCAAGACAUAUCUAAAGCACUUGGAAUACUUGAAGAGCCCACUGUAGAUCAAGUAUUGACUCACUGUCAAAAUAUUACCGAUG